AUGUAUCUUUCUCUUAACUCGUUGAAAUAUCGUGCCUUUUGGGAGAAAACGGAUCAACCUUCCCUCAAGAAGUUUUUAGAUUUUCGAUUUUCAGCUGGCGAUAUAGAAAAAAUGCUGGGAAAGACUAUCACGUUUGUUGGUGAGUUUGCUCCACGAACCGCCUUGAGACUCAUCGAUUCAUUAAGUACACCAUUCUAUCCUGCAACCUGUCAUGCAUGCAGUGGGAAAGACUGUCAUGCAAAGAAAAAGUUACAAGACGAAGAAGCAAAUUUGAAAAUUCAGGAAUUGCAGACGACUCAGCACAUUACAAUCGCCUCGGUGACGACAGAACAAAUCCAAAAAUAUGCUGAGUCAAUUACCAUUAGCAUUGCAAAGAGAUUCCUUAAUACUGACAACGAAAAUAUAGCAAAACGUAUUCGAAUUCAUAAGAACGAUAAUGAUGAGAAUUGUGAGAGCGAUAGUGAUGAGAGUGAUAGUAAUGAGAACGAAAGUGAUAAAAGCGAAAGCAUAAUUAAUGUGUCGAGAAAGUUCAAAGAAUACCAAAUGCAGUUAAUAGAAAGUGUAAUAGAAAAUGUAGUAGAGGGAGUAAAAAUAUCAAGUACGAAAUAUUCACUUGCAUCAAUAAUUGUGUUGAUUAAACCAUGCCCAUAUUCUACUUUUACCCCUGAUGAAUGGAAACAAGUAAUUAAUACCAAUCCUUAUGCUGUCAAAGAAUCGGUGUGGGAUAAUCCCUUUGCAUCCUUAUUAUCUGAAGCAUGCAGUAACAUUGCAAUAGGAUUAGAUAAUAAUUUUGUAUCAAAUGAUGAAAGCGAUUUGGGUAAAAAAGCUAGUCGAAUAUUUAAUAAUCUAAAAGAAGACUUAACAUCAGCACAAACAAAAAAAAUCACUGAAAAUGAGCAUCGAUUUUAUUAUUUAGAUCCUUUGUUGAGACCAUUUUUCUGUGGAGAUUCAAAAGAUUACAAAGUAAGGUUAGAUAAAAGCGUAAAGGGUUCGUUGAAAAGACCAGAUUUUAGUUGUAGAAUUGAUGAUAUUACAAUAUUAAAUUCAAAAGUAAAGCCAUUAGGAGAUGAUAUAAACUCAUAUUUUAUGGAUUUACAAUAUGAUGGUAUAUACCGAUCAUGGCCUUUGCUUGCCACCAAAUUAAUAACGGAAAAGGAAUUAUUUCCAUUGAUGUUUUGUUUAGUAUUCCAAUUAUAUUUCAGAGGAUCACAAGCGAAUAUUUUAGUAGAUCGUGUCAUCACACCCUCUCGAGUACAUUAUUGA